CGCUUAAAAUAGUAAAUAACAAAUUCGCCCACUCUUGCUCGCCUCCUUUCUCUUUCACAUUUUGUUUUCUUCGCUCGGCCCAGUCCCCUUUCUCGCUCUUCCUUUCCUCGCGGUUUCUUGGAAGAAUUCAUGUCGCAGGACAAGGGCCGGCCGUUACCAAAGUUUGGUGAGUGGGAUGUUAAUGACCCUGCUUCUGCAGAGGGAUUCACUGUGAUCUUCAAUAAGGCCAGAGAUGAGAGGAAGACUGGUGGCAGCACACGAGGGCCAGACUCUCCUGGAAAGGAGGAGACAGCCUUUAAACAUGGACCUUAUGCUACCAAGCCAAAUGUGAAUGCUAAAAAAUGGUUUUGCUGCAUUCAAGCUAGUUCAGCAGAGUCUUGACUGUUCAAGGUUGUGUUGGUUUUGCAAUAUUUUCUGAAGGAUCAAAGCCUUAGCUCAGGAAGCAGGUUCUGUUUGAUUUUUCUUUGGAGUAGUUUGGUCAAGGUGAGGUGGUGUGAGAGUAGUGACACAGGCUGAGGAUGGGAGAGCAAGGAAUCGCCUUGUUUUGUAUGUAGUUAUAUGAAUGUAUACUGGAGAUAUAAUCAGAAUCUGAGUUUCCCUAUUUUUGUUAUUUGAUCAUUUUACUGGUGUUUCUGCUGUUAUCAAUUAUGUUGGAAAUCAUCAAUACAAAUAAGCUUGAGUGAUGUUUCUGCUGCA